GGGUGUGAGUGACGCGGGUUUCCGGUGUGCGCCAUGGCGGCGCCGCCACCGGCCGCUGCGCUCCGCCGUUGGGAACGGGAGCAGGCCCGGUUGAGAGCCAGCGUGGUGGAGGAGGACACGGAGCAGUGGCAGAAAGAUUCCAGCUUCCCGGGGCUGGAGCGGGUGGGAGGCGUGGACUUGUCUUACAUGAAAGGAGAUGAGAGCAGCGCCUGCGCUUCCCUGGUCGUGCUCAGCUACCCGGCUCUGGAGGUGCUGUACGAGGAUUGCCGGAUGGUGGCUGUGAGUGCCCCGUACGUGGCAGGAUUCUUGGCCUUCCGGGAGGUCCCUUUCCUGGUGGAAGCUGUUCAGAGGCUUCAGCAGGAGGAGCCCAAGCUCAAGCCUCAGGUACUUCUUGUAGAUGGGAAUGGCCUGCUCCACCCCAGAGGGUUUGGUGUGGCCUGUCACCUCGGAGUCCUGACAGAUCUACCAUGCAUUGGAGUGGCCAAGAACCUCCUGCAGGUGGAUGGCUUAGCCAAGGAUGAGCUGCACAGAGAGCAGAUCCGUUCCCUGCAGAGGGAAGGAGAUACAUUCCCACUGACAGGCGCUUCGGGGAGGCUCCUGGGCAUGGUCCUGCGGAGCUGCAACAACAGCUCUAAGCCGCUUUACGUCUCGGUGGGGCACAGGGUGUGCCUGGGGACGGCUGUGCGCCUGGUCCAGUCCUGCUGCCGCUACCGCAUCCCGGAGCCCAUCCGCCAGGCUGACAUUAGAUCGAGGGAGUACAUUCGGAAGCAGCUGUGUUCACCGCUGGAGGCCGCGGCUUCUGGGGCGCUGAGCAGAAAAAAGGAGACCGGACUGGAUGAUUAGGAUGAUGCCAGAAGAAAAUGCAGGGCUGCUCUUCGCUGGAUCCUCUCCUGCACCAAGACUGUGGGUCUGUCAAAUGCCAUCCCAGGGGAGAGCAGUGCAAGGCCAUGUCAGACAGGGCAACGCCGGCCAUGGUGCAUGGUUCAAUGGGGCAGGCACCAGCUUCUGCUGAAGGAUAAUGUUUAGAAUAUAUUUCUCAGGGUUUAUUUUUAAGCAUUGUAAAAAUAUUUGUGUAAGUAAAUACCCUUGUAAGUUUGCAACAA